AUGUCCCCAAGGAAUACACCGGAUCCCAAGACACUGGGCCGAUCCGCAGGGUCCAUCAACGCGCCCAUCGCAGCUUUCACUAUGGCCGUCAUCCUAUGCUCCUACUGCUUCAGUUCUAUCCGCACAGCUAGACGAGAAGCCCAAGAGUCCGCAGUAGUGCCUAGCUCACAACAACGGGUAUCUCAACGGGAAAGGAAAGAUUCCUCGUGGAUUCAGGAGGCCCUUGAAGAGAGUCGGGCGGAGAAAGGGAGGUGA